AUGGUAUCGAGACGCACAAAAAAGGAGGCGAAAUCACGGUCGAUAAGUUCGACUACCCUUUCUGAAGUCUUGUUUCAAGAGGCAAAAAAGAAACGGGCUGCACGGAAUAAGGGAAUCCACAAGAAAUAUCGUCUAUCGCCCGCAUUAGCCAAAUUAAUAGGCAGUGACGAACCCGAAACACGUUACAAUGUGGUCAAAUUGAUCUGGAUCCAGAUCAAGGAGAGGAGACUUCAAGAUCCUGAAGAUCCUACCUACAUCGAUUGUGACGAGGAGUUCGAAAACGUAACCGGGAUGGUGCGCCUGAAAGGCUUUACGAUAAUCAAGCACAUCCACUCGCACUUUUUAGAAUAG